AACGUGUCGUUAAUUGCUUUCCUCUCUCUGCCACCUCUUUGUUUCUUUCCCUAUCAAUUUUCCUCAUACUCUGCCUCAGUCGCUACAACUCUGGCUCUUACUUUUAGCUUAAAAAAGGGAAAUAAAAAAUUUUAGGUGAAGACAAAUGGAUCUUGGAGGUUUGAUUUCUGGCUUGGUCUCAUCUUCAGUUUAUCUUAUGACCAGACCUUUCUUUUUCUGCAUAUCUGCAUGUGUGUUCUGUCUUAGAACAGCUCUUGUCACAACCUUUGUGUCUACUGAUAUGGUCACUUCUGCAAUUUGGUUCAACUUAAGUAUGCUCUGGAGAGCUGUGUGUGGAUCAAUCUGGGGAUCGGUUCUUCUUUUUACGUUCCCGAUUCGCUUUUUCGCCUCUAUACCAAGGGAAACACUGCUUGAGCAGAGUAUUUAUGAUUUGCGGUAUGAGGUAGAGAGUCUUGAAAGGAAUAGAAAAGAGAUAGAGGAGAAUCUCCGGGCAGCAAUAAAAGAAUACCGAAUCAUGGAACGCGACUUAGAUGAACUAGAAGAUGAAUAUGAUGAAGCUAUUUCCAAAAUAGAAAAGCUAGAGGCUGAGCUGCAAGAACUAAAGGAAGAAAAUCUACAAUUGAAGGAAGUUCAUGGAAAAGACUAUUGGAUCAAGAAAGGCAAAGUUAUUCCCAGUGAAGAACCAAGCGAAAUCCCUAGCAUACCGAAGCCGAAGAAUAUCCCUUAUGAAUCAAAGGGAAAAGCCGAGUUUACAUCGGUUAAAUCACCUCUUUAUCCGUUUGCAAAAUCGACAAUCCCAAAAGACGAAGAAGUGACACCAAGAGUCCUCGAUUUAGAGAGGAAAAUUGCGGUUUCAAGAAGUGUAUUCAGCGCGAUGCUCGCUCUAGUGGUGGGAAUAGUAAUGUAUGAAGCCAAAGAACAAGAGCUGUGCACUCCACUUUUAGGAGCACUCUUCACUGUGGUUGGUAUCUCUUUAAGAAGUGUGGUUCAGUUUUUCUCUACGGUUAAGAAUAAACCGGCUUUAGAUGCAGUUGCUCUCAUGAGUCUCAAUUGGUUUAUCGUCGGUACUCUUACUUAUCCGACUCUACCAAGAGUUGCUCGAAUUGUGGUCCCGCGAGUCGUUAGCACCGUCGGCUCGGUCUUCGCUUUGAUCCAUCGUGGCUCAGUCCCUGCGUCACUGGAGCUUGUAAACUAUGCUAGUUAAGUAAAAAAUCUUUUUAGUACUUCAUUCUGUGAAUGUAAUUAUUAGUCUAGCCAAACCGUACUGAACCGGGAUCUGUAUGUAUUUUGGUAAGAAAAUAUAAGUUUUUUA